AUCGCUGGCUCACAAACAAUGGCGGAUAUUAUUUUGCUCCAUGCUUUUAAAGGAAGGGCGAAAUCUGUGAAUUUAAGCAAUAAAAAUCUCGCCGGAGUUCCCAAUUUGGUUGGGAAGCUUUCCAAUGUGAAGAUGCUGGACUUGAAAAAUAAUAAAAUCCGCACAUUGCCUGCGGAAUUCGCCGCGAUCUGUCAGGUAUGCUUGUUGCUAGGUUACGGACGCUAUAAAAAUGGAAACAUUUUAUAAUUUGUGUAUAUUAUUGUAGUUUUUUUUAAUUGCAUAGACAGCAAUCUUCAUAUAUGUAGCAAUUGUAAUUUAUUUAGUGAUUGAAGAAUGUAAAAUUUGAAAAGUCCAUGUUUUAAUCUCUUGAUCUUGGACUCUUAAAUCCGGAUUGAAUUAUGUAAACAAACGCUUUGUUUACAUUUUGAAGUGCUAUAUUUGUAAAAUAUGAUAUACUAACUGAAUAUCUAACACUUUUCUGGUUCGCUAUGCUUGUAAAUGGAUGUAAUCUAGACGUUUCAAUUCAAAAAAGUUUGAAAGAUGCAAAAUUUGGGCAAUUGUUUAUAUCUAUGGGAUUGCCCUUUGUUAUGAGCAGAACUGAUGCGCAGAACGGACUUUAUAAGUUACUUUUAAUAAUAUAGAACUUGAUUUCCUUUAAUAAGUUCUUUGUUUAAACAGGAUUAAUAAGCUUAGAUAACGUUAGUUAAGCCUUGCAUUAACUAAGCUAAUUAAUAAGCUCAGUUAAGCCUUCCGCCAAAGAUCCUUGACAUGGGAAAUUCGUAUUUUUGCUCUCCAUUGGUGCAGAAUUACCAUGCAACUAAACUCAGCAGAGCUAUUAUACAUAGGUUGAGUUCAAGCUAGUCUAUAAUUGUAUGUUGAAAGUGCCGGAAAAGAAUGCAAGCCAUAUGCUCAAAUUUCUUUGUGGUUGCUUAAUUUCGAUAAACAUGCGCAUGGCUCUGUCAAUUUGCCUCAUGAUGUAACAUGUUAGACUGACUUGAUUCGAUCUGUGCUUUUAGCUUGAAACAUUGAAUCUUGGCAAUAACCUCUUGGACGAACUCCCAGCAGAAUUAUGUUGCCUUAUCAAUCUGAAAAAGCUUCAUUUGUUUUCAAAUAAUAUCAUAACAUUAUCUCCUAGAAUUAUAUGUAAGUAUAGAUAUGUUUGAAUAUAUGAGCUUCCAUUAAUUAAGUAUGGUAAAAAUAUUAAUUAAGUAAAAGUAUUAUCAUCAUCAUCAUCAUCAAAAGUGGGAAGGGGCCUAGCUGCUAAAAAGGGACACCUUUCAGUAGUGUACCCUGUAUCUUUUUGUGAGGUUAGAACUUAGAAACGCAUCGUGAUAUGGUACAAUAUAUUGUAAUGAACAAAAAUUGUACUGGGUUGGGUGGGGAGCACAAUACCAUCUCCUGAAUUCUGAGGCAAGUGAUGAAUGCCAAUUCAUUGGAAAAGGGCACUUUUAAAGUGCUUAAUUUGCAACGAAAUUUCACACCAUUUUUUAUGAUUGCAUUCAGUAAAAAAUAAAAUGACUAGUAAAAUACUUUACCAAGUAAACUAGUAUCUAGUUAGCUUGUUUCUUUCUUGGGAUAUUUAAAACUUUUAUGUACUAUUUAAAAGAAGAGCAGCAAUGUUUUAUCAGAUAUAAAGAUACGAGGGGAAGCCGACUAUCUUUAGGUCUGAUAAAACACGCACUGCAAAUGUUUUAAAUUGCUUCAAAAAUGAUCGAUCUAGUAAGUUCAUUGGCGAAGUAAUUUUCAAAAAAUACGUUGUGUAAGUCGAGAAAAUCAAAGUUAAAGUUUAUGUAAAUCGAGAAUAUAACUCGAUGUCAACACGGAAACGUCGGAAAAUUUCUUUCCUUAUAUUUCUUUGUGUUAUAUUAUAAAACAAAUAUAAAACAUAUUUUCCGUAUGGAUAUACAGUUAUAUCAACACGAAUGAAAACUGGGAAAACUCGAAAUUGUGUGAAAACACUCCGCCCUUCUGGCGUCGUGUUUCCACACAAUUUCUCGUUUUCCCAGUUUUCAUUCGUGUUGAUAUAACUGUAUAUCAACACGGAAAAUGUUUUGUUAAAUUUAACAUACAAAUUUUAUCUCCUUGAUUAGUAUAAUUGUCUGCAUGGGAGCACAGCCCUGACCAAGAAUACGAUGAAUACUAAAUCAAAAGUACAUGCUACAACUGAACUUAAAAUACUGGAACGGGUUUUCGUGUAUCAUAUCAUUGCGGAACGACUGCAUGUAAAAACGGUCAACUUGUAACAAACCUGCAGCAGACUUAUACCAUGUGAUGCUGUUUCAACAACUUGUUAAUCAACAUAUGCUCGCACUGUUUGUUCCCAGUUUGCAUGUUGACAAGUUGUCAACGGCUUGUUGACAACUUGCUACAACGUUGUUCAAUUCAACAGAUUUGUGAGAAGUUGUUCCAACAACUUGUUAUCGUCCUGCAAUUCAACAACUUGUUAACAAGUCGUGAGCAACAGCCUUUGGAAAUUAUUUACAUAUAAAUAAUGAUCUUUUUUAUUUCAGGUUACUUACAACAGCUAACAUUUUUAAACCUUAACGAAAACAUGCUAACAUCUUUGCCUCCAGAAAUUGACAGGUAUUUUGUAGGAAUUUACGAUUAGCAUUUUAUAAGAACUAGACAAUUUAUAGCGGUCUCUUUACAUUGUGCCGAGUUACUCAGUGCAAAUAUUGUGCCAUUCUUAGGCUGGUAUCUCUGCAAUUUCUGAGUGCCAACAAAAAUAAACUUCGUGGUGUCCCAGAUGAGAUAUGUCACCUGACUACUUUAACUGAUAUACAUUUGGCUGACAAUUCCAUAGAAAGGUAUAUGACACCUCAGAUUCAAAGUGUCCAAUCGGAAAGCUAUACAGUACGUUUGUGCCACGUGAGCAUGAAAUUUAUUAGGGGUGACCGGAUUUGGAAUUUUCAAAUCCUGCCGGAACCGGAUUUACCGGAUUUGGACAAAAAUUCCUGCCGGAUUUGCCGGAUUUAAAAUAAAUUGGUAAUGGGGACAAAUGUGGAUAAAUCAGUAUUGAAAAUGGCGGUUUAUGUUUUUUACUAUUUUUAGUUAGUGUCAGUUUAGAUUUUUGAUUGUGUUUAAAGCUUUUUUAAAUAUUUUUUGUUAAUAACUUAAUGGUUUAUCAUCCCAUUUUUGGUGAAUUUUUUAAGGUGAAAACAGAAAUUUAAAUCCGGCCGGAUUUUCUCCAAAUCCGGCGGGAUACCGGAUGCCGGAAAAUUCGUUAAAUCCGGCCGGAAUUCCGGUCGGAUUUGAAAUCCGGUGCAACCCUAAAAUUUAUCAUCGAAUCACGCCUUAAUACGUCAUCGUAUUUGACGUAACGGGUAGUUUUAAUCAUAUCACACGGGUAAUAUAUGAUUCGCGUAAACCACGCGCAGCGAUCACGCAAACAAAAUAGCAGGCAAAAAUUUUAAAUGAGUUUUAAGGCCUAUUUACACGUCGGGUGAUUUUUGCUGCGAUUUCAAUUGCGAUUUUCUCCUUUUUGGAGGAUGUGAAGGAGUAGAUCAGGUAUAAAUGUUCCAGGUUAUGAAAUCAGUCUCAUAACAACAACAUUCGGAGUAAGUAAUCUACUCCUUCACAUCCUCCAAAAGGAGAAAAUCGCAAUUAAAUGGGCCUUUAAACUUCAAAGAAAGCACUGUUUUGAAAAUUUUGAAGCAAAUUUUGAAAAAUAUUUUCAUUAAUAUUCCAAACGAUAUGUGAUUCGACGGAAAAGUGCCAAAUACUUGCAUUAAUUAAAUUAAUUAAAAAUAACCCCAUCGUAUGCACGAAAUUAUAUGUGGCAAGUUUUAUAUUCUUAACUUGGAGGCUUUUAAUUUUCAGUGUAAUAUAUCAUUUAUAGACCCUCGAUUCGCUCGGGGGAUUCGGCGAAAUAUUACCCUCGGUGAUGAUCAUCACUUCAUCACAUCCCCUUCUCUUCAGGUGUAUUUAAAUGAUAAUUGUUAUAUAUAGCUCGGGUGAACACCAAACGUGAUUUAGCGAUUGGGUGAUUUGUGGCCACAUCGUCGCCCCGCGACGUCUAUAUGUGCCCCCCCCCCCCCAUAAGUACUUAAAAUACUCAUUAAAAAUUCAUAAACCUGGUGGCAAAUCAUGUCAGCCAUAACAUGUCACGUGGAGUGACUUUAUAUCUGACAAGGCUCAUCCUAAUUAGUAUUCUUUUGUAGUCGUAUUUUAAAGCCUGCGCCUCGCGUUUUAUAUCUGAUAAAACACGACUACAAGUGCUUUUAAUAAAUAGUACAUAAAUAAACAAAAUGGCGGCGCAACUCGCAAGUUUAUAAACUACGAUUUUCCAAGUUUGUGUAAAAGAGAAGAGAGAUACACAACAGGCAACAGGAUAUGCUGCCGAAACCGUUUAAGUAGCUUCUUUUAAUUUUAAACUCGUUUACACUAUGUUCUAUAGAAUUUUUGUCAUGAAAUGCAAUUGUUGACUUUUUCUUUGUCGCUAGAUAAAAAAAAAAAACCCCACUAAAAGUCUGUUCCCUCGGGAAAUAGUUAGUGUUUUUUCCCUCUCGAAUCUCACUGUUUCUCUGAAAUUGAAACUCGAGAAACCAAAAGUAUAAUAUACAUUUAAUUUCUCCCCCAGUGUAUAUUAUAAUUCCGAGUGCCAGCACCGUGGCUUUCUCUAUUGUCAAGCCGGGGUGGAAAAAGUAUUUUACUUUUUGGAUCUGGGACCGCAAGAGAACAUCGUAAUAUAAAUCAAUACUCGGACGCUGCAACUGUUUUCAAACUGUAUGUCAUACUGUAUUUACCAGGAGAAAAUUAGUUUCAGUGCACUAUAUAAAUACUAAAAAUGCUAUAAGGAAUAUAACAUAAAAUUAAUUUAGAUAACAUGCAUGUAUAUAUCAGGGUCUGAUCCUAAGGCAAAUUUAUUAUCGUUUUUCUUUCUUGGGGAAACAUUCCUCAAAACAGUUUUCUGGAACUAAUGGUCCCGUGGUCCAAUACAUUUUCCACCCCUGUUGCGCGAGUAGGCUAUAAAAUCGUCUUGCGUUAACUAAGCAGAAUAAAAUUGCAAAAUAGGGCGCAUCAAGUCGCCAGACUAAGGUGAGUCUAAAUUAUAUUAAUUUUGUUGAUUUCAUAUUCUUUUCAAAAACACGUUUCUUUAAAAAAAAGUUAAGUUCUUUAUUUAUUGGUAUGUUCGUUGUCGUCAUUUAAUUUGACCUUCUCUAUUUCAUUAUUACGCCACGUUAUAUUUUCUGUUUACUUUGCAGUCUUCCCGAAAAUAUCGCAUUUCUCAAAAACUUGACGCGACUUGUACUGUACAAGAACAGAAUCACCGAACUUCCCGAGGUAAUCUUCUGCGGAAGACAUAGAUUUGAUCAUAUUAUAGGUUAUACUACAUCCAGGAUUUCGUCCAACUACCAGAAAUUUGAGGGCAUUUUCAUUUUUGUGCCAAAGCUUCAGGCUCAUUUUAAACAAUUUUUACAUAGGUGUCUUAGGGCUGUCCACAUGAUGGAAGGUGGGAUGAUAUUUGAUGUAUUGGAAUAAGUCACUAGGCUAAUUAGCUUUUAUUGCUGUAAUUAGCAAUAGCUGUUGUGGUUUCCCAGCCAAUGAAUGUAUUAGUAUGAUGGCAAAGUAAAUAAGUAAAUUAAAUGCUGGUUAACAGAACUCAAAUAUUGUACAGACAAGAUUUUGUAGUUCAAGUUCAUUAUUAUUGCUGCUUGAACAAUCUUUUGUUUACAGUUCAUGCUAUAAUCUAUGUGUAUCUCUAGAAAAUAAGUUUUUUUGCUGAAUUAUGCACUGUGACUCAUUUCAAUGCAUUGAAAUCAUCCCGCCCCAUUUCUCGUCCUGGCAAGCGGGAUCGUAUAAACAGCCCAUUAUUCAGCAAAUUGCGCAUGGUGUCAUCUCUUUGCUGGUGAGGCAGCACUUUCCUUGCGAUAGUAACUUCUAGUUACAUCCAAAUCUUUAAUGUUAGGGACCACAAACCCUGUAUUUAAGAAUAGACAGGUGAGAAAUCUCUUUAAGCAUAAAAAUCUGAAACUUCUAUCAAAGUUAACGUUGCAGUACAUUCAUCCGGCCUGAACAACGUCAUACUUGCUAAAAAAAUUAUUGUUGCAAGACACAUGAACAAUAUUGAAUUUUCAAGAUACAACUUUGAAAUGAUAAACUUAAUAGAAAAAUAUACAUUAGUUAUUGCACCAGAUCAAAAUUACUCUAGACUGAUAGUUUUGUUCAAAAUGUAACAUGAGCCACCAUGGAAUUACUUAUAUUUAUACAGGGUUUGUCAAAAUGCUCUAAAUUAGAAUGCUUGGAUGUUUCCUGCAAUUUGAUCAAAUACUUCCCGGUUGAGGUAAGUCUAAUUCACUACCGCCCGUAUUCUAAAAGCACACUCACUCACACUCAAUGAGUGGAGGUUUAAUCUGAGCUUCUCUUGAGUGUCAAUGCUGUUUUUGAAUAGCCGGAGGGCUAGUGUCAUACCUUACUCGGUGACUACUCGCCCUCCAGCUAUUCAAAAACAGCAUUGACACUCAAGAGAAGCUCAGACUUAACCUCCACUCAUUGAGUGUGAGUGAGCUUUUAGAAUACGGGCGUACAUAAACUUGCGAUUAGAGCUGGACAGCUGGCCUCUGUAGCUCAGUUGGAUAGAGCGCUGCACAGGAAUCACAGGGCAGCAGGUCCGAUUCCUGUCAGAGGGCAUACCGUGUAUACAUGCAGUAGUUCCAUUUUUCGCAACUGCUCCUGUUUAGGUUUAAUAUAUGUACAAAAUUCGCACUCGAUAUUUCCAUCUAUAAAGCCCUUAUCUUCUCCAACACUAGUGUACCGGAAUUAGACGUACCAUGGCCAGAAAUUCGGGACAGUAUGGCUGCUAACUAUGCGCACAACUGACCAAUUUUGCGAAUUCAAGAUGGCGGAAAUGCUAAGAAUUAAUACUAUAAUCAUACAAAUGCGAUGCGCAUGCUGAAACAAAAUAUAAUUUUCAAAAUGUUUACGUCUAGAAAUGUACAAAAUACCUCGACGGGUGUUCCCCGUAACUCUUGACGUGUCACGAUUUGCCAUUAUUCCGCCCGAGUAACUCAAUUUUACAGUAUAAUCUCGCAAUGUAAACUCCUAUUAAGUACAGUAAAAUCCCCAUUGUUUACCAAGUUGAGGCCAGUGUAGUGUUGCUCCAAGAGCUCGAAGACGAAUUGUUUACGUCUACAUUUCUUGUACGACAGUUGAUCUCUCCUUUUGCAUUGAUUUAGAUUCAUCUUAGCUUGUACGCGCUCCGCCAAAUGCAUUUAAAAUAGCGUGUAUUUCAUGAGAACUGUAAGCUAAUACCAAGUGUUUUGGACAAAGCACUGCGAAAUCCCAAAACUAUGAACGUUUUAAAAGCGUUGUCGUGGGUUCUUGUCAACCAUUUUGAAAACAUUUGUACGUACAACCGCUGAUUCUUGUUUAUAAAGGACAGGGGGCUCCAAAAUAGGGAAAAAAUCGCGCCAAAGUCAAAUUUAAAUCCUGUGAAAUUCACUAUAUUUUGAUGUACUUUUGUAGUUUUGGACUUAGGAACUAUUGUGUUCAAUCAAUUAAAAUACUGUAAAUAAGGAAAUAGUUGCCACGGUCUUUAACUGAUAUAAAAUUAGCUCCGAAGUUCGGUUGAGACGCCUAUCAAGCCUAUAUAUGUCUGUCUGUAUUAUGCUGACGCUGCAGAAUUUAGCGAAUUUGUGCGCCCGCAAUACAUUUCGCUGACUGUCUCUGAUUUCUGGCCAUGCUUAGUUUACCGUCCCGUUCGCAUUUUUCCCUUUUAAGCCAUUUGUUUGAAUUUUUCUUAUAUUGUGGUUUCGAUAAAGUUGUUAAAGUUUAAAUCGUGGCUACCUCGGAUCCCCUUUCAAUUGCACAAUAGCCUGUUGGGAAAUCGGCGCUCACCAAUGAGAGAGAAACUGAAGAGCCGAUUACAUGGAGAGUUUUCAGCCCGGUAAACCGAGCUGAAAUAGCAUCACGAUUACCUUUGCAGUUUGAGCCCGGGCUGAGUUUUAAACUAGAGCUAUAUUUAUCCCUUGUAUAGUAAACAAACCCGGGCUGAAAUGUUAUCCCAGACUGAAAUCAUACGAUAUCACAAAAGGCAAUAUUCCGCUUGUUUGAGCAUUUAAAACGCCAAUUAGUCGAUUAUUUGACUUGUGUAAGACUGUGGUUGCAUAUAAAGUAUGAAAGAUGAGACGAAACGCAAAAUAAAGUCAUUUAAACGAUUAUUUUUUUUAGCCCGGGCUGAAAUUAUUUGCGAUUACAUGCAUGGGAUAUUUCAUCCCGGUUGACAGGGCUGAAAAUCUCAUCCCGGGUGACAUAAACCGGGUCCGGAUGAAAAUUUCAACCCGGGCUGAAAUUCAGCCGGGUUGAAAUUUUUUCCAUGUAAUCGUAAAAUUCAUUUUAUAUUGAGUUUAUAGGGGCCCCGGGCUGAAAUUUCAUCCCGAGCUGAAAACCUCCAUGUAAUCGGCCCCUGAAUAAGUUACAUUAGAACUCGUCCAAAAGCUACAGUAACUUGUUAGUGCGAUCUUUGAAAACUCCAGCAACUUAACGCUCCGUAGAAAUAUAUAUUCUUAAUAUUCUCUGUUGUUAUAGUUGCAUUGCUUACCACUGCGUGAACUUUAUUGUGAAGGCAACAACUUAUUGCAACAUUUGCCUGUUCAUUCCGAACAAGAAGAAGAGGUUUUAUCAUUAAAGG